ACAACUCGGUCUUAAACAAACCGGUCCGCAGACAAUCAAAAUUUAACUAACCGCCCUUGAUAUUUGCCCAAAAAUCCUUUAUAACCGUCAAUUUCUCUCUCUCUCUUUCUCUAAUAUUCUCUGAAAGUUUCUUUCUCUACCAAGAAAUUGAUUUCUAUUGCACAACAACCCAUAUUUCAUGGCGAUAACAACAGUGAAAGUCAGCAAUGUCUCCUUAGGGGCAUCUGAGCAAGAUUUAAAGGAGUUCUUUUCAUUUUCUGGAAAAAUUGAAUAUGUUGAAAUGAAAAGUGAGGACGAGAAGUCUCAAGUUGCAUAUGUCACCUUCAGGGAAACUCAAGGGGCAGAGACUGCUGUGCUUCUUUCGGGGGCAACAAUAGUUGAUCAGUCUGUCCACAUAGCCCUGGCUCCAGAUUAUGAGCUACCAGCUGCUGCUGCUUCAGCACUGGCAACUUCUCAUCAGGAAACAGAAGAAAAAAGAGAAGGUGGUUCUGAAACUGCUAUUCAAAAUGCCGAGGUUGUUGUCAGCAGCAUGCUGGCUAAGGGCUUCAAUUUGGGCAAAGAUGCACUCAACAAGGCAAAGGCCUUCGAUGAGAAGCACCAGUUUACAUCGACUGCCACAGCCAAAGUUGCGUCUCUGGACCAAAAGAUUGGUCUUACUGAGAAAGUGACUGCCGGCACGACCAUUGUUACUGAAAAAGUGAAGGAAAUGGAUGAGAAGUUUCAUGUUUCUGAGAAGACCAAGACUGCAAUUUCAGCUGCUGAGCAGACAGUCAGUAAUGCUGGAUCUGCCAUUAUGAAGAAUCGGUAUGUUUUAACUGGGGCUACAUGGGUUACUGGUGCAUUCAGUAGGGUUACCAAGGCAGCCGGGGAAGUGGGGCAGAAGGCAAAGGAAAAGGCCAUAGCUGAGGAAGAUCAGGAGAAAAAAGUUGAAGGCUCUGCUCAGACCCAUGAAACUGUAUCCCCAAAAAAUGAGCCCUCCAAAACCACACCGGCACAGGGAUUGAUCCUCUGAAACUCCAAUACUAGCAUAAAUAUUUGCAUAGAAAGUUUAGGCUUUGUCAUCAUAUUAAAGAAUACCAAUGCUUUGCUGCUAGUCUGGAAGUGUCACAUGUAUAAUGUGUUGUCAGAUGCUGGAUGCUUUAUUAUGUAUUUAACAAGGAAGUCAUUAUUUUCUGUUGUUUUAGUAUUGUUCUCUUGCGUGUGUGUCUUGUGAUUCAAUGUCCUUCGAGGGCCACUCUAAAAUUGUGCAUCUAUGUAAUUAUUUAAUAGAAGUAUAAAGAUUAAUGGAAGUUAAAUUUUGAUGUCGAUAUGAAUAACAGAAUUCUAAAAAGCUUUGUGCAAAA